GAGCCUGUGAUUUUGACAAUCACCUGAAGCAGGGAUGCCUGCAGACUUCAAUGGCUAUUGGAAAAUGGUCAGCAAUGACAAUUUUGAGGAGUAUCUGAAAGCACUGGAUGUAAAUGUUGCUGUAAGAAAAAUAGCAAACCUGCUGAAGCCUGACAAAGAAAUCCUUCAGAACGGGGAUCAUAUGAUCAUUAAAACGCUAAGCACUUUUAGAAACUACAUCAUGGAAUUUGAUGUAGGGAAGGAGUUUGAGGAGGAUUUAUCUGGGGUGGACGAUCGCAAGUGCAUGACCACUGUGUCUUGGGAUGGAGAUAAGCUGCUUUGUGUACAGAAUGGAGAGAAGGAAGGCCGUGGUUGGACCCAGUGGAUCGAAGGAGAUGAAAUGCACCUGGAAAUAAGAGUGUGUGGAGUCACAUGCAAGCAGGUCUUUAAGAAGGUGCAGUGAGCUACUGCUUCCACAGGAGUGAAGAACUGUAGAAUUUACAGACUUGCCACCAACUCUCCAAAUGCUGGUGCUGAGCAUCCUCAGUGACAAGAACAAACACAGAAAUGAAGAUCACAGUAGAACUGUAUAGUUGGGAUAAAAUAUUUUUAGGAAAUUGAAAAAAAUGACUGCAAAUAAAGC